CGACUUUUAAAGGAAGUUAAUAAGUAACUGUGGGAAACCCACUAGUAGGGCAACCUAUUUAAACCACCCCAGGAUUGGAACACAGUCCCAAUUCUGCCGUGCGCCGAGGAGAUCAACCGAUCCAGAGGUUACUUCUCUCAGACAUCGACUUCAUCACACGAUGCUGCUGUACUUCAUCCUCCUCUCUCUGAGCUGGAGUCAGAUGCCCACAAGUGGAGAGGUGGUGGAUUCCUUUCAAGACCAUUGUCCUCAGUUUUUCCUCCGAGAAACCCCACCAGUUAUUGGGGUCCCUCUGUCCCCUGUACGCAUUUGCCAGCGUUACCAAAACUUGUACCGUUUUGCCACUUUGUAUGAUAAACACAACCGCAUCCCAGUAUAUUCGGCGUACGUGUAUAACCCUGGGAAGGCUAAGAGACCCGGAAAAUGGAUGGUUGAACCUCAGCUCAUCAGUUCCACGUUCCAAAGUGAAAUGGAAACAGAAAGGGACUUCCUGAAUAAAAAGGGCCCCAUAACAGCUAUGCAGAACAGCCAGGCCAUCUUGGAAGAUUACAAGAACCUGACCGAUUGCAACAGGGGCCAUCUGAACCCAAAUGGACAUCAGCCUGAUUACAGUGCCAAGUCUUCCACAUUCACCCUGACGAACAUCGUCCCCCAGUUCAUAAAACUCAACGGCGGAGCCUGGAACAACUACGAGCAAACCACCAUGCAGCAGAUGACCAGAGGAUGCCACCAGACAUUUGCGGUGGUGGGAGCAGUGCCAGGAGACACCUACAUAGCUAGAGGGAGGGUCAACAGGCCCAGCCAUUUGUGGUCUGCAGCCUGCUGCGUGAUAGACAACAAUCAUCUUAGAUCCUGGGCCAUCCUUGCCAGGAAUGACCAAAACGUGGUGCAGAGGUUCACUCUGGGCCAGUUGGAGGAGAAGCUCGCACAGCUGUAUAAUGUGAAUCAUGUCUCUCUGUUUCACAGUGACUGCCCCCGGCAAUAAAUUAUAUCCUUCUUGUACAACUGUGGCAGGUGCCAAAUUGACUGGAGUGAAUUUAAUAAUGGAUGUAUUAAAAAUGUCUUGUAGAGGGCAGCAGAGAGUCAAUUUAGCAGAUUGUGGUAGAAAGCUUAAGCAGGCAGAGAUCUGGUUAGUACCGCUAUCUGCAUCGGGAUUAUGUCAUCAAAAUGUAAAUGUUAGGAUAGGGAAGGACGCUGGAAAAACGAU